CGGGGGUGUGUCCGCUUUAUAAAAGUCCAGCGACCAAGUCAUCGAAGAACUCAUUCUGGUCAUGAUGGAGAAGCUGGCCAUCUUGCUCACCGUUGCCGUCAUUCUGGAGACGGUGUCUGCCGCCUCUCUGGGGGUGGUGUACACGGAGGGCGGCAUGGUGGAAGGCGAGAACAUCCGUCUUGGCUUCCGGCACCACAUGGACGUCUUCAAAGGGGUUCCGUUUGCUGAUCUUCCUGGAAGGUUUGAGAAACCGCAGCGUCACCCUGGUUGGGACGGUGUUCUGAAGGCCACCGAAUACAGGAAGCGGUGCCUUCAGUUGAACGCUCUCAUGACUGACAUGAGAGGAAGUGAAGACUGUCUCUACCUGAACAUUUGGGUUCCUCAUGGCCGAUCAGUGUCGACCCAUCUACCGGUCAUGGUCUGGAUCUAUGGAGGAGGCUUCCUGGCUGGAGGCUCGAUGGGGGCUAACUUCCUGAAUAAUUAUCUCUACGACGGGCAGGAGAUCGCAGCUAGAGGAAAUGUCAUAGUCGUCACUCUCGGAUACCGUGUGGGAACUCUGGGCUUCCUCAGCACUGGAGAUUCAAGUUUACCAGGAAACUACGGUCUGUGGGAUCAGCAGGCUGCCAUUGCCUGGGUCCACAGAAACAUCCGUUCAUUCGGAGGAGACCCAGACAACAUCACCCUCUUUGGGGAGUCUGCAGGUGGCGCUAGCGUGAGCUUCCAGACCCUCACCCCUCACAACAAAGGUGUCAUCAAGAGAGCCAUCUCCCAGAGCGGGGUUGCUCUUUGCCCGUGGGGUAUCAUCAAGAACCCCCGCAAGAUCGCAGAGGAGAUUGCUCUUAAGGUCAACUGUCCCACAGAUGACAAAAUGGCCGCCUGUUUGAAGAUGACCGAUCCAGUGCUCCUCACGAAAGCAGGUGCACUCAAGUUGUCCAGCUCACCAGAUGCCCCCCUGGUAAACAACUUGGUCCUGUCUGCUGUCAUCGAUGGAGAUUUCCUGCCCGACGAGCCUUCCAAGUUGUUCCACAAUGCCGCCGAGAUCGACUACAUUGCUGGAGUCAACGACAUGGAUGGACACUUCUUCACGGCAAUAGACAUCCCUUCCAUCAACUCCCACCUCGUAGACACGCCCAUUGAUGACAUGAAGAGGCUGCUGGCUACUUACACUCAAGACAAAGUCGGACUGGAUGAAGCUUACUCCCUGUACACGUCAACAUGGGCCAGCAAUCCCAGCAAGGAGGACGUCAAGAGGACCAUCGUGGAUAUCGGAACAGAUUACAUCUUCCUGGUUUCUACGCAGGCCGCCCUUUACCUUCACGCCGCCAAUGCCACAUCCGGCAGGACCUAUUCGUAUCUCUUCUCCGAGCCCAACCGCAUGGGCGGCAUCGGUAGGCCGUAUCCCAGCUGGAUGGGCGCCGACCACGCCGAUGACCUCCAGUACGUCUUUGGAAAACCUCUGAGCACGCCGCUGGGCUACUGGCCUCGCCAUCGUGACGUCGCUCGCUACAUGAUUGCCUAUUGGACCAACUUUGCCAAAACUGGAGAUCCCAACAAAGGAGACUUGAGCGUACCCGCCAUCUGGCCUAAAUUCACCAAUGGACACCAAUAUCUGGAGAUCAAUCAUAAUAUGGAUAAGAACUACAUCAGACAGAAGAUGAGGAUGCGUUAUGUACAUUUUUGGACGAGCGUCUUGCCCAACCUCCAAAUAAACAUCCCAGAAUGAAGACCAACACAUUUAAUAAUAUUCAUAUAAUAUUCGUUUCAAUUGAAAUUGUAUAUAGAACACAUCACUGUGAACAAUAAACGUUUUUACAAUCUUUC